AUGUCAGAGGCGACACCUCAACAACCACGGAAGAAAAAUUGGUUGUGCAUAUUUCCCGGGUGCACACAAAAACCGAUGUGCCAUUAUAACGCUUAUAGUCACUGUUGGGACGGCCAUUUAAGACAUUUGGCUUCCCCGCUUAUUGGUGGCGGGAAAGCGGAGGUCUACAAAAAGUUGAACAAUCGGGAAGAAGUUAAGAAGCAAUGUGAAAUUUAUUUAGUUGAAAUCAAAAGCGAUGAAGACGUCGAAAACCAACGGACUGUGGCACGACAAAGACUUGGAAACCCACAAUUGUCAAUCACUGUUGAACAACCACAAAUUAUCGAUCAAUCGGAUAACUCACUUCAAUUCCAACAACCGAUGACAUUGCAGAACAUUUCAAACAAUUCAAAUAACUCGGCAUUAAAUAAUUUGAAUGGACUUAACACGAUGAAUACAUUGAAUAGUCCUCUUGUGAAUAACUCAAUCAACAACUUUGGUCUUAAUCCAGACCAACUCAAUGUACAAGACUCAAACUUGUCGGUACAACAAUUGAUGAUUCCACAGACCCAAGAAACACCUUUGUGGGACUGUGUGGUCAAUGCAAAUGUGUAUCAGAAAGACCUCGAGGCACUCUUGCAACACGACCAAUUCGUGAGAAUCGAACAAAUAACAGAGAACUUGAAAAGACUGCACGUCGCAGGAGAGGUUUUGGCCGAAAACGGAUUUCUCCAGCGGUCAGACGCCCGCUCAAAAGAUCAUAUUGAGCCACUGAAAAACUGUUUAAACACGAUAUUACAAUUAACGGGGAAGUCGUAUAAAUACAUUGGAAAAGAUGACCAGAAAAUGGGGUUCAUUGCACAAGAAGUCCAAGACGUAUGCCCCAAUUUGGUUCAUGAAGAUGAACUUGGCCUCUCUGUGGAUGUCGUUGGGAUCAUUCCGUUGCUUGUUGAAGCACUAAAGGAAAUUCAAACUGCUGCUUCAAAAACAGCCGACUGUUCAAAUGGAAAGUUUGCGGAGCUUUCGCUAGCCGCCGACGAAGCACUAGCUGCAGUCAAAGAAAUUGGAGAAAAAGUCCAAAAGGACGAAGAUGAAAUGAAGAAGCAUUUAGGCUUUUUCGCGUUGGAAGAGUCUGUUUUUUCACCCGGACCAGCUCUUUUCACACUUCUAGUUGCGAUGGUGUUGAGCGUACUCUCUGUUGGUGUAGUUGUGGUGUUCCAGAAAUUGAUUGGGAUGUGGUUAUAUGUCUGGGGGAUCACAGCGUUAUUAUGGAUUUGUGUGUGGUGGCAGCGAUGGGAGUUGAAAGAGAUAUAUCAACAUCGCCAUGUUGUGUGGUAUUGGAAGAGUGAGAACAGUCUCUUUUUGUAUUACAGCAGUUACAUUUUCUUCAUAUUUCUCAGUUUAAGUCUGAUUAUGGGGAAGGGUGUAAUUACACUAGUUGGAGUCAGUGUUGGGUUAUUGAUUAUAACAUGUGGGAUAUUAUAUUGGGUGACAAAGAAGUUCAAAUUGGGAUGGAAGAUACCAACACUAACGUUAGUGUUAUUGCUCACAAGCUUUGUUAUUGUCAGCUCGACAUUGAUUAUAAUACAGCCCGAAUAUCAAUGUACGUUAAAUGGAGAGAGUGAUGGCUAUGAAAUGCAUUUGAAUGUGGGAGAGAUGUCGGAGAAGGUUGUUGUGAAUAGUGUUCCGUGGAACUGUUGGAUAGCAGACAUGUUUAAUUCAAACGAAUUGCCGGGUGGUAUGAAGUGGAGCAAUGGAGAUACUUCACCGUUUUUGGAGGGCUAUAUCUCUGAAAAUUUCAAGACAUUUUCAACACAAGUGAGACUUCAAUGUGUCGAACUCGUUACAUUUAAUUGUGGCGAAAUCACGUUCAAAACGUGUACUGGAAGAGAAGAACCAAAUGAUUGUCGGGAAAAUGGGUGCAAGUGGGACGACGACGAGAUGAACUGUUCGUUUUGA